AUGGCGACGUCUACAAUGGCGCCUUUUCCUUCUCAACACCCUUUCACAACUAAGGCUCACUGGUACCCACCGUGUAUCUCGGCGAUGGAGGGCCGUGCAGCGGCCGGUUAUUCUCUGUUAUUCACGGAGCUUGCUGUGAUCGCGGCGGUGAUCGUCGUUCAAGGGCUCCAGGUAUUGUACACUUCAUUAAAUAGUCCUCCACAGCUAACGGGCUGGAAAUCAAGUAGUGGUGAUCCGUGUGGCGAGUCGUGGAGGGGAAUCACCUGUCAAGGUUCUUCUGUUGUCUCUAUCCAGUUAUCUGGAAUGGGGCUCAAUGGAACAAUGGGAUACUUGCUCGCCAACCUUGCAUCACUCGAAACAUUAGACUUGAGUAACAACAAUAUUCACGAUUCGAUUCCGUAUCAAUUGCCACCAAAACUCACAAGCUUAAACGUUGCAGGAAACAAUUUAAGUGGGAAUAUUCCUUAUUCUUUGUCUAAUAUGAACGCCCUUAAUUACCUGAAUAUUAGCCGAAACAUGUUGUCUCAGUCAGUUGGAGAUAUGUUUUCCAGCCAUUCUGCAUUAGCCACCUUGGAUAUAUCCUUCAACAAUUUUGCUGGGGAUCUCCCGCCCUCCUUUAUGUCAUUGACUAAUCUCUCAACCCUUCUAGUUCAGAACAAUCAACUUACGGGUUCUCUCAAUGGCCUCGUAGGUUUGCCUCUGACGACUUUAAAUGUAGCGAACAAUCAUUUCAGCGGCUGGAUACCACAAGAACUAGUUUCAAUCCCGAACUUCGUAUACAAUGGGAAUGAAUUUUCCAAUGGUCCUGCCCCACCUUACACUGCUCCUCCUCCAGGUAGAUCUCGCAAUAACGGGACACAAUCUCCUCCUUUUGGCCAUAGUCCAAACACUGAUAUCCCAAGCAAUACACAUAGAGAGCAUAAAAAUAGGUUGACAGCAGGAGCUAUAGUGGGGAUAGCUAUUGGGUGUGGAGUUGGAGUGAUAUUGUUGCUGCUUUUGCUUGUGUUUUGCCUUAGGAAGGGUAACAAGAAGGAAGUUGUGGCACGACUCUCAACAGGAAGUCAACCUGCCAGUGUUGUGAGUAUGGGGAUGCAAGAGCAAAGGUCAAAGCCUUCACUUAAUACAUCUGACUUAAAAUCUCCACCAGCUGAAAGUGUUACAGUUGAAAGGUUACAAGGGAAAAGUGGAUCUUUGAGAAGAGUGAAACCUCCACUAACUGCUCCUUCCUACACAGUUGUUGCACUUCAAACUGCAACAAAUAGCUUUAGCCAAGAGAAUCUGGUCGGUGAAGGCUCUCUCGGUCGUGUCUAUAGAGCCGAAUUCCCCAGUGGAAAGAUAAUGGCCAUCAAGAAAGUCGACAAUGCGGCAUUGUCACUGCAGGACGAGGAUGAUUUUCUCAAAGCCGUUUCCAACAUGUCACGCCUGAGGCAUCCAAAUAUUGUGGCCCUGAUCGGGUACUGUGCCGAGCACGGACAGCGUCUUCUGGUUCAUGAUUAUGUGGGUAACGCCAGCUUGCACGAUAUGCUUCACUUUGCUGACGAGAGAAGCAGGAUGCUGACCUGGAACGUGCGGGUCAGGGUGGCACUCGGGACUGCUCGAGCUUUGGAGUACUUGCAUGAAGUGUGUUUGCCGCCAGUUGUGCAUAGAAACUUAAAGUCGGCCAACAUUUUACUGGAUGAAGAGCUCAAUCCUCACCUUUCAGAUUGUGGAUUAGCUGCUAUGAAACCGAACACAGAACGACAGGUCUCGUCCACCCAGAUGAUAGGCUCAUUUGGUUACAGUGCACCUGAAUUUGCCUUGUCCGGAAUGUAUACUGUCAAAAGCGAUGUAUACAGCUUUGGUGUAGUUAUGCUCGAGCUUCUAACGGGACGAAAGCCUCUUGAUAGUUCAAGAGUGAGAUCAGAACAGUCGCUCGUGAGAUGGGCAACUCCUCAGCUCCAUGAUAUCGAUGCUCUAUCGAAGAUGGUGGACCCCAACUUAAAUGGCAUGUACCCUGCAAAGUCUGAGCAUUCUUUUUUAAUGCAGCCCGAACCCGAAUUCCGGCCCCCCAUGUCCGAGGUAGCACAAGCACUUGUCCGGUUGAUGCAAAGGGCAAGCAUCGUGAAAAAACGGUCGAGUGAUGAAUCGGGUUUUGUGCUUCGAACUCCCGACCCAGAACCAAGUGACAUGUUAUGA